UGUAUGUAUGCAUGCAUGUGCAUCUGUAUAUAUGUGCGUGCGUCUGUAAACCAUACAAUCGCUUAUCAAAUUUCAAUAAUUUGGCAUACUUCAACGAAAUUACUGGCACCCAAAAAAAUUUAGUUGCUCCCAACCCACCAACGCAAUUGUAGGUACAGCCCUGAACUAAUUAGCUAGGAGAUGCAUAUUAAAUGGCUCUAUGUGACUUGCGCGCUUUUGAUAUUUUCACUUAUCAUACCUGUGCAUGGCGAUAUUCGCGAGGAAUGCAAUAAUAAGCCCAGCAAUGCCUUCAUUGUCAGCAAUACAUCGUGCAGUCAUUAUAUCUACUGUGCAGGCGUCGAUUCCUAUGAAGGCGAAUGCCCAGAUGGCGAUUACUUCAAUGAGUUGCUACAGACAUGUGAUCCCAGCGAGCUCGUCGAUUGCAAACUCAACACCACAGCUAGUAAUUCAUCGGUUGGUACGCCAGCACCCGCACUGACGACGACCACUAUUAUCAGCUCCCCAUCGCCUGCCACCAUCAAUGACUCCAUAAUAAGUUCAAUCAAUACAACCGCAGGCGAAAUUUUUCUGUCAACCACACCAGCGAUGGCCACUAGCUACCCGGGUAAUGGGAAUACGAGUACUAUGAGUCCCGCAAUAGGUGCGGUUGCAGCCACAACGCUCGCAUCGAUUACAAAUGGCGAUACGGCCAUAAUUAUAUCCAACGAAUGUCCGGCCUUGGAUAAUCCCCGUCAGAUGAUUUUCGUGCCGCACUCAAAAUCUUGCUCGGAUUAUUUUAUUUGCUACCAUGGGGAGAGAUUGGCCAUGCAUUGCUCCUCGAUGCUACACUUUAAUGUGAAUACUGGAAAAUGUGAUUAUCCGGAAAUCGUUGGGUGCCGGACCGAUUUCAGUAAUCCGAGAGAACAAUGCCAGUUGCACACCAUCGAUUUGUAUCCGCAUACAACGAAUUGUAAUUAUUUUUAUUAUUGUCGUAACGGGUACCUUCUCUUGCAGCAAUGCCCUUUUGGCUAUGGCUGGGAUAUCGAA